AUGACAUCCUCCACUAGCAUAGACCUUAAAUCUUGCUCGGAGGGAAAUGGUCAUCCUCGGCACUCGGUACACCGGGGAAAUGAAGAAGGGUCUUUUCAGUGUUAUGCAUUAUCUCAUGCCUAUGCGUCAAAUCCUAUCCUUAUAUUCUGGCUGCAAUAUGGCACUGGAGAAAUUCUAUAUCCUCUCUUGUUGGAAAACCUAGUGUUUGAUGAACAUAAAAGAGAGGUGGAUUAUGGGGACAAAUUAGAGACAGAUAUUUAUCAACAAUCAGGGAGUCUUAUAUACAUCAGAACCUACCCCAUCGAAUACAUUCCUAAUGCUAAGAUAACAUGCGUAGGUCCACGCCCUAAGAAUGCCACACUUUUGGCAUGUAAUGCCUUUGGUGUCCUUCCACCUGUGAGCAAGUUGAGUCUGACACAAACCAUGUGCCAUUUCAUUAGUGGCUACACUGCUUUGGUAAAUGGCACAGAAGAAGAUAUAAAGGAGCCAACAACAACAUUCUCAGCUUGCUUGCUUUGGCGCAGCAUUUAUCAUGUUGCAUCCUACUAA